ACAGCUCCAGCUCCAAAUAGUGUAAUAAGCUCAAUAGCAGUGAAAUGUGUAGAUUUUGAUAACUUAUGGCAUACCAGGCAAGUCAAGCCAUUUACCCCUAGGGGAAAAGAUAAAUGUUACUCUAUGGACACGUUUUCUGGAGAAGCAGAUAAGGUAAGUCAAUUAGAUUUGUUUUAUGAAUAUUUGUCAUCAAUUUUUAAUUUAAUUAAAAAAGACUGUUUACAAUUUCAAAAGAAAUAAGAAAAUUUUAUAAUUACCUUGUUUUAUUUAAACUUGACUUAAAUUCUAUCCACAGAUGGAAAUUGAACAAAAACAUAUAGAUGCCAACCAGAUAGUCUUUUCACAGUUAGUUCCCCUUCCUAGAGAUGGAAUUCAGCUUGAUAUGUCUAGGUGGUUUCAAAACCUAAUAAGUGUUCUUGAUAUUAAUAUUGAAUACAACAGUGAAAACCCUUACCGUAAGUCCAUUUUUGUUGUUAUAAAUUCUGUGAAACGAAACAAAUUAUUUUUUUUGAUGUAAUCCAUGACAUUGCAAAUUCUUUCAUGUAAAUAUGUAUUGAAAUGUUACAUUAAAAACAUGUGUCCAUUAUUUUAAUACAAUGUUUAUAACUUUAUGCUGUAUGCUUUUUAAAUAGCUGAGCAUCAGAAACCUGAAUUGUUGGUGGAAGCUAAGCUGUUUUAUCGAGACAAAGAAGAUGAUGAAUCAGACUGGAAACUUCUGGCUGAAUCAACAGAGCGUAGGACAUUAAAUUGUGUUAUUGAAAAAGACAUUGUAAGUACUUAUGUAAUGUAGAGGUAUUUUUUGUUUUAAAACAUGUGUAUUUUAAGUAAGGCUUUACCAAAGUUUUACUAACAAGUUAUGGAUUAAAAUUCUAUUUUCAUUAAGGAUUUUCUUUUAAUAUUUUUGCAUUCUUCUUCUUCUUCUAUAUCUUAAGGGCCCACGAUCAAUUUAUUGAUCAUUUUGGCUCAUUUUGGAUCAUUUAGGCAUUAAUCACAAAAUCAACAGAAAAAAAUGGAAUGUUCUUUUUUCUCUCUUUCUCUCUCUUUAAAAUUUUUUUUUUUAAAUACAAAAUAUCUGUUUUAUAACUGCAUUUUCAUUGAUGCAUAUUUUAAAUAUAUUAUCCUUUCACUUUGAAAUCAAAUUUUAAACAAAUAACUUCAUUUUACAUAACCUUUUAAUUACAUUUAAAACAUAGUUUUUUUCUUCCAUUUCAGCGUGUUGAUGGAAGUUUAUAUCAUUGUGAAUUGCUCCCCUUUUUUGAGCUUGGCAGUGUUCAUUAUGACUACUACUUGAUUAAUAUCCGCCUACCAGUUAAUAAAAAAGACAAAACCAACCAGUUUGGCCAACUUGCAGACCUGUCUGUGAUUGUAAAAUGAUUUUUAUAUUUUUAUUCUUGAGUAAAGUGUUUAAGGGCCCAUCCAUAUAUUUCAAACCUUUAAAAAGUCACUUUUUCCAUUACCCCCCUCCUCUUUGCAUCUAUACAAAUUAGUAUUCCCCCUUCACCAGCACCUGUUUUUAUUAUAUUUAUAGACAAAUAUGAAGUACACAGUAACACAGCAAUUACAUGAUGUCACCGUAAAUCGUGUUAAGAAUAAUGCCACAGGUUUUCUCCACUGUUAAGCAUAGUGGAAACAAUCUUUGGUUCAGCCAAACAAAAUUUUAUUGAUCACAUACAUAGAAACAUACCAAGGAGAAUGGUGGACUGUUAAAAGUUGUCAGGCUCACUAGCUCAGGAAGGGGUGGGGGGUGGUCUGCCCUAGGCAGUACUUAUUUUCUAUAUUUUGGAAGGUUUUUUUUUUGUCAACUGCAGAAUUUUUAUGUUUGGGGAAUCUUGGUCCGCAGCACUAACCCUAGCCACAUCACUGACUAGGCUCUUUAUUACCACUGCAAUUUCUAGCAAGUUCACUUGAGAAAACAAAACAACAAUGUUACAGUAAUUAUAAAACAUUGUGGAGAUAUUAUAUAUCAUUGAAAAUAAUUCGAAAUCAUGGAUUUCACAGAUUUUUUGGUUACUUUGGCUUUUUUAGAGAUAUAAAUUGGCUAUUUAUGGACUGUCAGAACUUAAGUUUAGUUAUUGCAAUAUUUCUGAAAUAUAUAUAAAUUGUGGGAAAAAAAUAUAUAUGUAUGUGUAAAUUCCACUAAGGCGCACACCCCUCACCAUAUGCACCAGUACACAUAAGCUAAAAAUUAAAAACCCUUUACCCCCUCAGUAAUAUUUUGCUCUUUAAAAAAAUAAAUAUAAAUUAAAUUAAGCAUCUCUCACAAGUCUUAUUUAAAAAAUUACAAACAAAACAGGGCAAUAUUUUACAGUUAUGUGCACAAAGCCUUGUACUUUUGCCAUAAAUUAAAUCUAUCGGUUUGGACUCUGAUGUAUUUUGGGCCCUCUGCAUACUGUUGUGGUUGAUUUUAAGGUGUAAACAUUAAGUCUAUUUCCAGAACUGCUACAAAUGGAUUAGGCAGUUUUUAUUUAGAAUUUAAAAUUAUUAUUUUUUUAUUUUGUAAAUCAUCAUUGACAUUUUUACUUCCACUUCUUUCAUCUAUUAUAGUCUUAAUCAUAAUCUAAGCAGUUUUUUUUUGUUAUGAGCCUGAAAUUUUUACACUAAAGCCUACACUAUUACCAUUGCUCCAAGUUAUUCAAGAGUCUUGCAUUGUACAUUGUGAAAAAAAAUUGUUAUCCAUUCAAUUUAUUAAUGAAUUUAUUGAUUUAAUUUUCUGUAAUAUACAGAAAUCUAUAUCUUCAUAUUCUUAAUAAAACAACAAUGAUAUAAUAUUAUGGAGUGCAACCCUAGAAUAUUACUAUUGUCUAUACUUGCAUAAAUAUCUAGUGUGUAUUUUACAGGCAAUUUUCCAAAAUGGUGGCUUUACUAAAGUGUGGUUUUCAAUGAAGACUGUCUUUUUCCCAAUGGUUCUGGCAGUGUUAGUGUGGUUCUGGAUUCGAGUUAUGACCCAAGGGCGGGCAACAAAUUUGACAGAAAGGUAUUUGAUUUUUUUAAAGAAAAUGAGCAAAGUAACAUACACAUAAUUAAGUUUAGUUAUUUGAAAAUUUUGGUUUUAUUAAUGAUAUAGAUGUUUUUAUUGUAAUAGAAAAUCAAAGUUUUAUAUUAGACCUUAACAAUAAUGAUAAUCAUUCAUUGUAAAUAAGAGAAUAAAUACUUGUAUAAAUGGAUUUAACUGUAAAACAUUGUCUUAUGUUGGAACGGGUGAAGUGUGUAUAUUUUGGAGCGCUAACUUAGGAAAUUAGGAUCAAGUGAUGAUAUACAAGAGAUCAACCACCCAUGUCUUCCCCUUUUAUUUCAAUAAUUUUAUUCCAGAGGUUCUUGUCAAAAUACAUGCUACAUUUUUUUAAAAUAAAAAUUUUAAAAACAUUUCUUUAAAUACAAAAACUACAAAAAAAUAACAACUAGCUAUAGAUCGUUUAAUCUUGUUCGUUUUGUUUUGACCACUUCCAUUUAAUCAAACCAAACUCAUGCAGUAGGUAAGUCUACCGCUGAGCAGUUCAUAAUGCUUGAUUGUUGCAUAGUGGGUAAAAACUUUGUCUGGGAAUUAUUUUGUCUAUUGAAACUUUCACCUUGCUAGCCACUGGUCAUAUUAUAAUGACUAAAACAGCAACAAUAAAUGAAUAAAGCAGACCUGUUAACUCUUAUGAUUUUGGUGUACAAAUUACGAUUUUGAGAUGUCUUUUAUGAUUGUAUGCCACUACCUGACAACUACAAUUUUAAGAGACCGGGUUGAAAACAUACAUUCCGGUAAUUUUUUCUGAUAUAAAAAAUAUUUUAUAUAAUAAAAAGUACAUUUUCGGUUGUUAGUUUUAACUUGCAGCAGAAUUCUACGUCCAGCAUUGAAUGGAUAGAGAAAUGCAAUUAGUUUUGGACCAUCCACUAUAAUUAUAUUACGUGUGCCCUGAGAGGGAAAUAGAGUGGUGUUGAGGAGGGGCUCUAAAUUUUUAAGUCUAUAAAAUUACCACCACAUUUUUGUAAUGAUAGUGGUGAUAUUGCUUUGUGUUUUCAUAAUGAACUUGCUAGAUAUGCUCAGAUAAUACUAAGUUGUAGAGGUAUUACAGUCCUAGUGACAGUUUUAGUCAAUCUGGGGCAACCAUUAAGUAUGUACACACUGAGGGGGGAAGGGGGGGUUGUCAAUUUUUUUAGAUUUUGCAUAAGUGAGUAUUGUAGGGUGGGGGCUCAGCAGAAAGUACAUAAAUUAUUCAAACAUUUUACAAUGUUCAUCCUGAAAUUCCAAAAAUAACAUAUUUAUAUCUUGAAUGCUGUAAAAAUAUUAGGCAAUGUUUUGUAGGAAUUAUCUUCAUAAUGUUGCCAUGCAUUUUCACAAAUGAACUCGGUAGGUAUACUCAGAUAGUACUAAGUAAGGUAGAACAGUAAUAUUUAGUCCAUGUAUGUUCAAAGCCCAUGUGAUGUAUAUUUUGUUGAGCUAAGCCAGUGCUUCUAAAAUUUGUGUUUCCUGGCACCUGUGCCAAAUUUAGAUUUUCACCAGGCUGCCUGUGUUAAAUUCUAACAAGUACACUUUGAAAUAGAGAAUAAAAAAAUAAAAUAAAGGGUGGGUAAAAAUAAAUAAAACACAUAUCAGUUCACAUGAUCAAUUUUUCGAUCAUACUUUUGAUGCAAUUUGUGUAUGAAGCCUUGUCACAACUUUCACAAUACUAUUGAUCAAAUUCUCAUUUGUGUCCAAAAAAAGAAACCAUGCACAAAAUUGUGCGUUCAUAAAAAAAUUUGAUGAAAAUUUGAUAGUGUGAACUGAGCUUAAACGCCAUUUAGUUGCUGCAAACAGUAGUUACUUUACUAGGUUUAUGGCCGGGGGGGAGGGGGUUGUUUAGAAAAUGUGCCUUUUUUGUGUGUUGUUGUCGCAUAUGUACUAUACAGUUUGCCCCUCCUUGCAUUUGUUUACUUCGGUGAUGAUAAUGUUAUUUAGAGACAUAAUUAUUUCUUGCGGCAAGUGCAGAAACAGAAAAACUAGAGAAUGCAUUCUCAUCUGUUCUGCGCAGCAACAUUAGAUUUCGACAUAUUUUUAUACUAUCUGAGAGGGCCUUUGAAAUCUAUUUUAAGGGCUCACAAAACUGCGGUACGAUUUUAAAUACUCCCUUUUCCUUUCACCCAUUUACAGCUUGUGGUAGUUAUCAGAAUUUAAUUAUUAAUAUGGGAAAUAGGCCUAAUGGAUAUUGAUUUUUAUUUUGUUUAAAAUGGCUUUUCCUAAAAAAAAUAUCAAGUUAAUUGGUAGGUUUUUUAAAAUGAUGUCUUAAUUUGUUAAUUAAGUCUUAUUUUUAUAAAUUUUAUUUUAUGCUGAUCUGACUUCAGGUUUGAACCACAUAAAAUUUCAUCAGUAACUCUAUUUUUACCAGUGACAGACUGUGAUAAUGUGCAGGUUCACCUAAAUAUUAAUUAAUAUCCAUAGCAGAUACACGUCUGCAAAACAAAGUGACCGCAGAUAGCAAUAUAAACAUCAGUCAUGUACUUUUAGGAGUUACCCUUUUUAUGUCAGAUUAACUGGAUCCCACUAGGCACUUGAUUCGAGCAGUUAUUGUAUUCAUUAUAUAUACUAUAUCUUUUUUUAUUUUCAAUAAGAUACUAUAUAAACUAUAUUGUACAAUUUUGAGAUGAUACUGUACCAUUUUAGGAGUUAAGGGUAAACAGGUCUGCUACAGUUCUUUAUUUAAAUGAUCCUAUAUCAGCAACUAAAAGUCCAAAAAAAAGCAUACAUCAAUUCCACACUACACUAAGACUAAGAUGAAUCUCAACACACCGACUGCCACUGCAUCUUUCAAACUAUCACAAGAACUCAUAAUUCUAACUUGCUUCCCGUUUUCAUACAGCAUUUAUUCAACUUAAUUGUAAAGGAAUUUUACCUUCCCACCUAUCUGAUCACAAGACAAAGUACAUAACUCCCCAAUAAUUACAUUGCAUAAACAAACCAAAACAUGUUUACAAGCCCAUUCAUAAUAGCCCUAUCAGCUGAUAAAAGCAUGCACACUGAUGAAUGGAUAUGGUAUUGUGCUGUGAUUAUUGCAAACUGAGGAUAAACAAAAAUUUUGUACAAAACUGAGAAAAGGACAUGUUUUCCUCAUUUAUUUUUCCAGUAAGCAUCACAUGGUCACAUAAAUAUUUUAACUUGUUUCAAAAAUUAUGCCUAGCGUUAUAACCUAAUAGAAAAAACAGGAGUAUGAAUGCAACUUAAAGAUAUUGUACAAAUGUGUAAAUUUGAUCUCAUAAUAUUUUCAAAAAACAAAUGCAGGAAGUGAAGAGAAAAAUAUUACAAUAGAUCAAAACACUUAAUAAUAACUUUUGUCCUUAAAAAAAGCUUAAGUCAGCAUUUUAAAACUUAACAGAAUUUAUAAAACCUGACUUAAUUGUUAUGUGAUCCAUUUCAAAUAAAUGUAUUUAUAUUUCAGAACUAUCUUUUCACUUGGAAUAAUUUUGUCUAUCAUGAAUUGUAAGUUAUAUCCAGAAAUAUAUAUAGAUUUCGUGGUAGUUAGUGUUGAACCAGUUUAUCAGCAGAUAAUCUGUAAUCUACCAUUCUUCCGAUUAAUCAGCAUCCCUAGUGUCUUUAAUUUCAUUUUUUGGUGUGUUUAUUCCAGAUUUUUAAUUAAAUUUUAUCAUUGUUCAGUCAAUUUGACUUGUGACAACAUUAAUACUGGAAAAUGUUCUCUAUAGGUCCUAUUGAAUGGUUAACCUUAGCAGUGAACAUGCCAUUCAUGAUGCUUAUUAAUGAUAUUAGAGAUGGAGCUUUCUAUGCCAUGCUGCUUUCUUUCUGGCUCAUUUUUGUUGGGGAGCACAUGAUGGUUAGUAAUCUAGCAAAUAGUUUUUGCCUGUUAAGAUUUUCUUUUAAAAGUACUGUUAAAAAUGGCUUUUUUCCAUAGCCAUGUUUUCAUUAGAUGAGAACAAUAUUGUUUUGUGAUUUAAUGAGGAAAUUAUCAUCAAUAAAAGUGUUGCAUUACUCACAUCUUGACAUUUAAUUUGGUUUGAGGAUCGUAGGAAGGAUCUUAGUUAAGUGUUAAAUUUAAAUAUCAUCUGUUAUAAGAUAUGAUAUUGUAAUGAUCUAAAUAAAUGGAUAUUUUUUUUUUUUUUCAUUAACUGCACAAAUUUUUUUCAGUCUUGAAAAUCUUUGUUGGAGUUUUUUUUAGUUCUUUUGUUGUUGUUUCUUAAAAUUAGUCUGUAGCAAGACGUUUGUCCGAUAAUUGUGUAGUAUGAAUAACUUUUGAGUUCCCGAGGGUGAGUUGUAAUUUUGAACAGAGUCUUUGCUUUUUGUUUGAACAGAGUUCUUGUUGUUUUUUUCCAAGAUGAUGGAUACUCCUUUUGUAUGUAAGGGAUUUGUCUUUAUAAAUAAAUCUUGUGUUCACAUUUUAGGAUCAGGUUGAAAGAAAUAGAUUGUCUGCCUACUGGAAACAUCUCACCGUUGUUAUUCUUGCUUGUUUGGCACUGUUCAUUUUUGAGAUGUGUGAGCGGUAAGUUCUUUGUAUCUGUUGUUUUAAUUCCAUGUUAAAUCAUGCAUACUUUACUUUUUAAGUUUAAUAGUAAAAAUAAAUAAGUGAUUGGCAUGCAAAUUUUACAGUAUGUAGUUUUAAUAAAUAUGCAUUUUGAAAUCUUCCAGUGGAAGACAACUUGUCAACCCAUUUUACAGUAUCUGGUCCUCAGAAGUUGGGGGUGUAGCAGCUGUAUCCUUUUAUAUUAAUUUAUUUAAAAUUUAAUAGCAAAAAAAUUAACUGGUGCUUAUUAACUUUUCUUGAAAUUUAUGUUUGCAUUAUUUUCUACAUUAUAUAUGAUUAAUUUUGUAUGUCCUUGACUAUAAAGUUUGGUUUUAUCAUUACUGCUGGUAUUGCGGCUUGCUUGUACUUCAUUUUUCUCUGCUACCAAGUUUUUAAAGUCUUUAGGAACAUCAGCUCUAAACGAACAUCUUUACUUCACAUGAGUACCCUGAGACGCAAAUAUUAUUCUGUAAGAUAAUUUUUAUUUGAAAGAUCAGCUGCUUUUGUCUUUUUACUUACAUAUACUUAACCUCUGUAACUUAAUUUUUGAACAAUAUUUCCAAACUUAAUUUCUUACAAAAAAAUAGUUCUUAAUCUUAUAAAUAUAUCUAGACUUAAAAUUUUUAAAGAUAUAACAUUUUUAACAUUCCAAAUGUGAUUGCAGGGCCUUAUAUUUCGAUUCAAGUUUUUAAUGGUAGUCACUUUGCUGUGUGCGGCUCUGACAGUUAUCUUCUUUAUUAUCGGUCAGUUGAGUGAGGGCCAAUGGAAAUGGGGAGAUGUUGAUGUUAGCCUGGAAUACACCAGUGCUUUUCUAACUGGUAAGUGUCAAAUAAGUGAACCUUAAAAGAUGUCACUGCCACCUUCUUACUCCUGAUUUAUUAAUACAGUGAGUAAUUCAGCUUGACACUGACUUUAAAAAUGUAUAUGUUAAAGUUAAAUGUGUGCAGUGUUGUGGUGUCUGAGUUACAGCAAUAUGAGCCUUCCAGGCUUUAGACAAGUACACAAAUGAAUGUUAUUAAAUCUAGAUUUAAAUGUCUCAGUGAUUUCUUUUUAUUUUUAAACUGAGAAAAAAUAAAUUAAGUGAACAUUAUAUAAGUGUAAUUGAGGAAUAGUUUGCUGAAAGGAAAAGUAUGUUUUCUUCAUAACAAUGUAACCGUUAUUUUUGGAUACAUUAAGUCAAUUUGGUAAUAUGCACCAAAGUGUACUCUGGAGGAUUUGUGUUACUUAAUUGUUGUUACUUGAGUGUUUUUUUAAAGGUCCCCUGUGUUACGUUACGAUAGAUUAGUACUCCUACUAGGUCUGUGACUAGGGUAUGAUUUAAUCUACUAAUUAAAUAUUCUAAACUAAUCUCACUACACUAACAUUCAAUGGCACGCCUCUCACUUCUAUUAGUACUAUUACUAUACUAUGACUAAAAGAACACAAGUUGUUCAGCCCACGAAUAAUAAAUAUUUAAUUCCAAAAAAAAGAUUAACUACACACACAUUACAUAUAUUACACACACAUAAAGAAUAACUAGUAUACUCUCUAAUACUAUUAAAUACUAAGCACUUUGUUACGACUGGCUGUCUUGUCCUCUGUACCAGGUCAGGUCCUAAACACACACACACACACACAGCAGUCUUGUUUGUUUGACCGACCUCUCGCUGGUCACUCACACUGCGAUGUCUCUGGUCACUGCAUGGUCUGGGACGAAAUAGGUGGAGACUCUACACACUCUAAUGGGGGCACACACGGCCUGGGCAGGAGUCCUUGUUUAUCUCUCGUAGGCCUAACCUACACUUGGAUUCUUUAAUUAGGAUCUCAGCAUUAGCCUGACCCUAACCUACUGACUCCUAUUAACUCAACUAACUAUAACUGACUGGCCUAUACUAUACUGACUGUAUAUUAAACUCAACUGUACUGGACUGUACUGAACUAUACUUAACUCUACUAUACUGAUACUGGCUGUAAAUGAGAAUAAUAAUGCAACACAUAACUAAGAAAUGCAAAUCACAUCAUUACUCAUUAUUAAUAAUUAAUCAUAAGCUAACAAUAACUACAAUCUUAACAUUUCUAUAUAAAAACUACAAACACAUGAAAAUUAACAAUACCAACCAGGCUCUGCUGCCAAAUUACAGGUAAAAAUAAAAAGAGGGCUGGUAGAGUCAUGCACUCCCUUUUUAUACGGUAUCUGUGGCAUCAGCUUGGGUACGCCUUGACCAGAACGCGCAUUGUUUAAGCUGGGUCACUGUCAAGGUGACAAAGUUAAUUUCCAUUGUUCAUUGUUAUGAAUGUUCGGCCCAGCCUAAGUAAUCUCACGUGGGGUAGGGAUGGAGAGAGUGUGAGGCAGCGGGUCUCAAAAAAUUAUUUUCAAAGUUUUGUACAAUUGUUCUCUUAACAAUUAAUAUUAAUUCUGUGAGCUAUGUAUACAUAAUAGUAAUAUAUUGAUUUUUAAAAAUCUAUACAUUUGUUCUGUAAAUAAUAUUGACAAAAGAAUUGUUGUUUUUUGUUACCUUUGUUUUUGGAGGGUUUUACAUUAUUUUGUUAGUUCCAAAACUGUUAAAGAUUUCAGAAAAUCUGAAGGCUCUCAUUGCGCUAAAAUCAUGCAAAUUUCCUUAGCUUUCCUGGCCGAUUCACUGGAUAACAAUUAAAAUUAUAUUUUUUGAAUACAUAAUAGGUGCUUGUUCUCUUUAAAAAGACCCAAAAAAAUACAAGUUAUGAAGAUGAUCCUUGUAGCCAUUGGUUAUUUAAAUGAUUAUUUAAAACAAAACUAGUAAUCGGUAUUGACUGCUUCUGGCAGAAGAAGAAAUAUUAAACCAAAUGUUCCUUUAUUGUUCAAAUUUUAUUACUUAAUUUUAUAAGUAGUUUAAACAUCCCAGAGAUUUAACUAAAAUUCAUAAAAAUUUCAGGUGUUUAUGGUUUGUGGAAUGUCUAUGUUAUUGCACUUCUCAGUUUGUAUGCCCCAUCACACAAGAAAUUCAUUUCUGACACAGGUAAGCCAAACAUUCAAUAAUGUUUUGUGUCUUAAUUCAUGGAUCUGUGUUUGCUUUAUAUUUAUAAUUUUUCUCAUGCAUGAAAAUUCAAGUAAUCAAAAUACAUGAUGAACAUAAUUCAAUUUUAUAGUUUUGAAAUAAAACAAUUAGAAAAUUACCCAAAUUUAGACUUAAAUAUUUCAGAAAGUGGGAGUUUCUUACGAAUUAUAUUCCUAAAAUAUUAUGGAUAAAGAUAAAUUUUAUAUUUUUUGGGUGAUCAUAAUAGGUUAAUAGUGGACAUAUUCCAGUGUUAUAAAAAAAAAUGGACCAAAGCAAAGAUCCAUUAAUUUAAUUAUAAAAAUGCCUUUGUCUUUAUAAUAGUAAUAAUAUUAAAGAAUUUUUAUGUCUGCAUUUAACUUCUGUUGCAAUGUUAAGCACAUUUACACAACAGUUAAUAUUCACAUAUCCAUCAACACUGAUUCUUAAAAUUUUGAAAGCCCUUUCAAAAUAAAUUCCUCCAGUCUUUAGGUAGUCCAACUUGAGCAAAAACAGCCUUUGGUGUUGCUUUUUUUUUUGUUACUGUUUUUCACCGACUUCUAGUGGUACUUUAUAAAAAACAUAAUUAUAGGCAAUUAAAGUAUAUAAAGUGGCAUCCGUUAUCUUGCCAAAUAACUUUACAUCUUACAUCAAUACCAAUAAAUUUUACUAAAUCUUGAAACUUUGAUAAUGCAUAUCUACUAUAAUUUCACAGAUGACACUGAUACUAACAGCAGAGAGGAAGAGGUGCAACUGACACAAAUGCCAUCUGAGUCAUCAAACAUCACUAAUUUCAUUUCAAAACCAGCUACAGAUUAAAAGUUUCACUAACUUUUCUUUAAAAUUCUGCAAUGACAAGAUUCAGUUAUUUUUAAAAGUAUGGUACUUAAAUGUUUAUGAACGUGAAUAUUUAAAUAUACUUUAUUGUUCAUAUUGUGAAUACAUUUUUUUUUUAAUCUUACAGUUAAAAAUUAUGCUUUGGAUUUUGCACUGUACUGUUACACAUAAGAACAGACCUUUUUACUCUUACGAUUUUGGCGUACAAUGUAUGAUUUUGAUAUGUCUUUUACGAAUGUACGGCGAAACCUGUCAUACCUGCGAUUUUAAGAGACCGGGUUAAAAAUAUAUACAUUCCGGUAGUUUAAAAAAAAAAAAAUAAUAAUUAAUUAAAAAGUACAUUUUCUGUUGUUACUUUUAAUUUGCAUUCUACAUCCAGCAGUGAAUGGAUCUAAAUAUACGAUUGGCUGGAGACUAUCUAUAAUUAUAUUAGAUUUGCCCUGAAAGGCAAAAGGAGUGGUAUUGAUUUAAGAUAUUUUGUGUACAAAAAAAAAAAAAUUUGUGGUGUGGGGGACGGCGGAAUGAGCGUUAUUAAAAAAACUUACAAUAUUUGUCCCGAACCCCUGAAGUCUAAAAAUGCUGUAAAAAUAUCGAUCAAUAUUUUUUAGGAAUUAUAGUCAUAAUGUUGCCAUGUUUUUUCACAAAUGUACUCACUAGAUAUCGCUCUGAUAGUUCUAAGUAGUAGAGGUAUUUUACAGUAAUAUUUAGUCCACCGUCUGUUCAACAUGUGAUGUAUAUUAUGUUGGGCUUUACCAGUGGUUCUAAAAAAAAAAUUUUUUACCGGUGCCUAUGCCAAAUUUAGGUUUUCACCAGGCUCUCUGUGUGAAAUUCAAACGAGGACACUUCAAAAUAGCGAAUAUGUAAACAAAAUAAAAUAAAGGGUUGGGUAAAACUAAAUAUAAUAUGUAUUUAGGUCUCUAAGCGCCAUCUAGUAACUGCAAACGGUAGUUACCCAAGGGAGCUACUGUUGGCACCACGAUCGAAAGUUGUCACAUUGGAUUAAAAGUGGAAAUAAAAUUAUCAAAAUUUUGUAAUAUUUGGCAACGCCCCUGUGAGUAAACCACAGCAACCUACAUAGAAAAAUGUGCACCCCGACCCAGGCUGACCAGUAAAGCAACAAUUUAUUUCACCCUCUGUCUUUGAGAAGUAAAUGGGAUUUUAUAGUUUAAUCUACUUUGAAGGUCCUUUCCAAAGAUGAUUUUGUAGCUCCCUGCUUUCGGCGCCUAUUGCUCUACGACCCAUUCUCAUGGCCCUGCCCAAGGGCAAUGAGCACCCAGGGUGAUGCAGCAUGAAUACUGCGAACGCUGGGCUUGCCGAAUCCCCAGUGGUGAAAACCUGUGUCACAUUUUGUUUUCUGUAACAUCAUUAAUAUAUAAAGAUUAUUGGAUUUUUUAAUUAUUUUUUUUUCCCAAAGCUCCUUGUAACAAUGCAAGUGGAGGGGAGUCGUUAAAAAAGUGCGAGUGCAAAAAAAAUGAGGUGGG